UAUUUUCAAAACAGCACACACACAUAGUUGUAAGGCACUGCCACCACUUCACCAUUCAUGACCACGUACAUGCCGUGUGCAUGGCCAUUCUUAAACUGAGCUUGUGAAGGUGGUUAUCAUAACUUGUACAAGAAAUCAACUAAUUUGGUGAGCAAUCCAUCCAACCAGUUUUGAAAUGAAAACGUCAAGAAAUAUAGUUUGACCUCAUUGCAGAAACUCCAUGGACAGCUACCAACUCAAAUCUUCCCUAAGGUUUGUGGAUAGGAUAAUCAUUUAAGUAGAGAGGAUAAAUUUGAAGCAAUGCUAACAAUGAAAGUGAAAAUGGGUAGAGAGAGUAGGAGGAAUUGAUUCACCAAACGUUUUGUCCCUUGUCAAGAAGCUUACCUAUCUGUAUCGGGAUUUCAUCGAGAAAGAAGAGAAUUUUUGAGGUGAUUAUAGGAAGGACAGGUGCAUUGAAUUCGAUUGGGGGCCUCACUGUGUGGGUUACCAAUCAUAGGUUCAUGCAAGGGGGUGGCAGCCAUUGUAUGCGCUUCUGCAUUUAAGACACUAGAUUUCACAUUUAGGAGGAAAAUCGGUGCAAAUAUAUUCCUUGUCUUUAAACUUGGCAGAGUGUAGCCAAUCUUGUAGCUGCUCACACUUGUUUUUCUCAUUCAAAUUUCACACGGAAACGGGUGAUUUGAUUAAUGAGAUUGUGGGGAUUUUUACAGGUGUCCUCCAUAUUUUGUGCUCGUUUGAAGUUUUGAUACUCAGAAAAUAAGGCAUGUAGCAAGCAAGCUUCAGGUUUUGAAGUGUCACCAGUACAGAGAGCAUUUUGGGCAGAGUGGGUCUUCUCAUUUUGGCAAGGGGCCUGCAGAAAACCGAGGCAGCAAACAGCAAUUCUAUCUGUGAGAACAAAUUUAAAGCCCCCAAAAGGCUUUGGUAUAUGAUAAAUUGUAUAUUUUACUGAGAUAUCAAAUGGGUUCUGAUAGUAUUCAAGUCAAGCUUCGUCCAGUGGCACCCAUUGCUCAAACAGGGGCAUUUGGGUACCAGGAUAAAUUGAAUGAGAAGGAUCUGGAAUGCAGUCAAAGGUUUGAUUCAAACAUUUUCUGCUCCAACUCAGAUUCACCCACAGAUUCAAUCAGCUCUUCCUCCAACUCAGAAGCAGUUGAUGGUGAUAAUGGGGAACCGAUAUCAGUAGAUGAUGUUCAUUUCAAGAAGCAGCUGCAUCCUCCAGCUAUGGUGAGAAAGAAGUCCUACGAGAUCAAAGUAAGAAAUCUGUCGUACGGCAUUGUUAUAGACAAGCCAAGUUUUUACAUGUUUCAUCCCUGCAGAAGCGAAAGGCCAGUUCAUCAAAUACUUAAGAACAUAAGUUGUGAUGCGAAGCCAGGGGAGAUUUUAGCCAUAGUUGGCCCAAGUGGUGCAGGUAAGUCUACUUUGCUUGAGAUUCUUGCAGGUAGGAUCAGGCUCAGUAGGAAGAAGGGUGACCCACUAGACAGGCGCAUUAUGGUGAAUGAUAAACCAGUGAAUCCUUCAUGGUUUAGAAGGAUUUCAGGCUAUGUAACACAAGAAGAUGCCCUGCUGCCUCUCUUGACUGUGAAAGAAACGCUGAUGUUCAGUGCAAGGUUUAGGUUGCCACCUUCAUUAUCCAAAGAGGAGAAAGAAGCCAAGGUUGAAUCUCUGCUAUCUGAGCUUGGUCUUGUGCAUGUUUCAAAUACACGAAUUGGUGACGAAAGCAUCAGAGGAGUAUCAGGGGGCGAGAGGAGGAGAGUUUCUAUAGGGGUGGAUGUUAUACAUGACCCUGCAGUCUUACUGCUGGAUGAACCCACAUCUGGUUUGGACAGUGCAGCAGCUUUGAACGUGGUAGAGAUGCUACAUGCCAUGGCUAAAAACUCCCACAACCGCACCAUUAUCUUAACAAUUCAUCAACCUAGCUAUAGGAUUCUGAGCCUCAUUAGCUCCCUCUUGCUCCUCUCCAAGGGCUCUGUAGCCCACCAUGGGUCCUUGGAAUCCCUGCAGAAUUCCCUUAUCUCUGGGGGGAGAAAAAUACCUGCACAGCUCAAUGCCUUGGAAUAUGCCAUGGAAAUGAUAAGUGAAGGCAUAAUGUUAGCACAGGAUUAUGAUCAUGAUGGGGUUGGGUUUGAUAAACCAGCAAAUACUGCAGAGGAUGGAGUCUUAAUGGCACUUGAUAUUGAAUCAGUACUAUGCAUCGAAGACCCUUUUCUGGGUACUUCUCCUCAGGAUGAUACCUUGUAUGUUGUUGAUGAUGAUUGUGCAGGGGACACAGUUAGUUAUGCAAAUUCAAGGUGCUCUGAAAUCUGCACCCUGUCAUCCAGGUUCUGUAAAAUCAUCUACAGAACACAGCAGCUAUUCCUUGCCAGAACCCUGCAGGCAGUAGUUGCAGGACUAGGCCUAGGAAGUGUGUAUUUAAAGGUUGGUUAUAAUCAAAGAGGUCUGGAUGAACGCUUGGGGUUUUUUGCAUUCACAUUAACAUUUCUCUUGUCAUCAACCACUGAAGCUCUUCCAAUUUUCCUCCAGGAACGCCAGAUUCUGAUGAGAGAGACAUCCAGAGGAGCCUACAGAGUCUCCUCAUAUGUCAUCUCUAAUACUCUUGUGUUCUUACCAUUUCUGCUGAUCGUUGCUAUACUGUUUGCAGUUCCUGUAUAUUGGUUGGUGGGUCUCAGUAACACAUACAAUGCAUUCUUAUUCUUCUUGUUCACAGUGUGGCUUAUUGUUCUCAUGGCCAAUUCUCUAGUAGUAUUUCUCAGUGCCCUUGCACCUGAUUUCAUCACAGGGAACUCUCUCAUAUUCACCGUACUGGGAGCUUUCUUUCUCUUCUCGGGAUAUUUCAUAUCCAAAGAUAACAUCCCCAAGUAUUGGAUUUUCAUGCAUUAUAUAUCUCUCUACAAGUACCCACUUGAUUCCCUUCUCAUAAAUGAGUACUCUAGCCUAUCACAGAAAUGCUUCUCAUGGUAUCCUGAGCUGAACCUAUGUGCACUCACAGGCCAGGACAUAUUGAAACAGAGAGGAUUGCAGGAAGGUCGAAAAUGGAUGAAUGUGGAGAUCAUGGUGGGAUUUUUCAUAUUUUAUCGAAUCCUUUGUUAUGUUAUCCUCAAGAGAAGGGCUUCCAAGGCCAAACGCUAAGUGGGUAUAUUAAUAUCUUAUUUCAAUUUAGAAACUUUAUGUAAAAUAAGCUUCUUUAACAUGUUAAGCAAUCCAAGGCCUUGCAGCUGGCUCUGCAAUUUGGUUCUGCUGUUUCCCAGUGAUUUUUAUGCUUAUAUAAAACAAAAAGGAGUAUCUUGCAGCUCAAUAAAUGCAAUAAAACAAGCAAUUUUGUUAUCUGA